CCAUGAGGAAAAUAAAUCUCCAAGGACCGAGGAAGAAGGGAUUAAACUUCAAUGAACUCAUGGUCAUGAGGAUGAGUAGGAAUCCCAACCUGGUCCACUGUGUAGACAGCUACCUGGUGGAUAAGCAGUUCUGGCUGGUUAUGGAGUACAUGGAUGGAGGCACUCUGAGUGAUGUCAUCAGCAAGACCUACCUGUCUGAGGAUGAGAUGGCAGCCAUCAGUCGGGAGUGCCUGCAAGGACUGGAUUUUCUUCACUCAAACCAUGUGAUCCACCGAGAUGUGAAGAGCCGCAACAUCCUUCUCAGAACCGACGGCUCUGUCAAGCUGGCUGACUUUGGCCUCUUUGUUCCGCUCACCCCUGAGCAGAGUAGACAGAGCUCAGUGACGGGCACUCCUGGGUGGAUGGCGCCUGAAGUUGUGAAAGGUCAACCAUGUGGCCCCAAAGCGGACAUCUGGUCUUUUGGAAUUGUGGGCAUCGAAAUGGUGGAAGGAGAAGUUCCCUACUGGAUUGAAACUCCCGUCUCGCAUCAACUCCUGAUAGCCACGGGAGAGAGACGAAAGCUGCAGCAGCUAGAACCACUAUCUCCUUGGCUGCGGGACUUCCUGCGCUGCUGCCUGCAGGCGAACAGUCUGCGGCGCUGGUCUGCCAAGGAGCUCCUGCAGACCGCAGAACGAGCAGCAGUCUUUGUCCUGGCUUCCUUUGCUUCUGAAGAAGAGGCCAAAGAGGAAGAAAUUGAUCUGAAGGACUACAUGGAUCCAGUUGUGCUCAGAGAACAGCUUGAGCAAUACAUGAGAAGCUCAGAAGCAGUAUCAGUGUCUGCCCUGGCUUCCUCUGCUUCUGAAGAAGAGGCCAAAGAGGAAGAAAUUGAGAUGAAGGACUGCAUGGAUCCAGUUGUGCUCACAGCAGAGCUUGAGCAAUCCAUGAGAGUGGGCGAGAAGGCCAAGGGCAUCGUGGCCUGUGUCAGCAAUAGUGGGGCAGCAGGAGCAGGGCAGUGA